AUGGUCAAAAAUUACUCCAAAGCAAAGAUGAGAAGAUAAGGAAACUAGAGUACUGGAAAUGAUACAACCAGAACGGAAUGAAUGGAAGUGAUGACACAUUGUGAAAAAUGCAGCCAUAUUAACUGAAUAAUUUGUGCAGAAAUUGUUAAAUGGAAAUCUGAUUUACUGUGUAAACUUUCACCUUAAACACAAUAAAGUAUAGUUCUGUGUGACAUUUGGUUACUAAUGUUUGUAAAAUGCCCUUACAGAUGCUGUUGUAGUGAAUUUUAUUUGUAAAAUUAGUAUGUAACUCGAACUGAUGUGUUAUUAUAGUUUUAGAUACUUUAGAAUAAAAAUAAUACACAUGUUUAGGAAAAAUCACAAAGGUUGAGAUGCUUUGUAGUAUUAAAUUAAUGUAUAAAGUAUGUAGUUAAAUGAGCUUAUGUGGCUUGUGAUGAAUGUACUCCAGUUACGGAGAAAAAUGCUAACAAGAUUUAGCAAACAUAAGCAUUUAUUUAUGUAUUUUAAUUGUUUUUUAGGUGAAAGUUUACAGCACAAAUUAGUUUCUCUUUCACAAAUUUAUACACAAAUUGUUUUGUGGCAUUGGUUGCAAUUCCUGCAAUGUGUCGGCACUUUCCCUGUUUCCAUUUAUACCCCGGGUUCCCCAUGUCCAUUCUUCCAGGUUUCCUGGCCCUUCCUGUCUUCUUGUCUUUGCUUUUGGAGAGGUGUUGCCUAUUAAGCCUCCUAUACUUAAUUGAACUAAGAAGCACAUUCCUCAUGUGUGUUAUUGUUUGUUUUAUAGGCAGUUUACUUUGUUUUAGAGGAUUUUUGGUACAUCUAUUAAUCUAUAUAAAAUUCAGCAUUCAAAUAUAUCGUAGUAGAUUAGGAAUUACAUCAGUCAAAAUAAUGCCAUAGUUCUCUGACACCUGGGGAAUGAGUCAUUUUAGAAAAUAGUGUUUUCUGGUAAGUUGAAAAAUUGCCCCUUUUGCACCCCAAUAAUUUUUGGAUGGAAACUUUUCUAAAGUGGUUGCACAUUUUCCUGUCACCUUAAAUAGAAUAAAAACCUUUUCUUAAAGCCCUAGUUGUAUUCAGUAAUAGAGUAAUGCACUUAGGGGCAUUAGAUGUUGUAAGUUUUUGCCCUAGUACUGAGUGACUUUAGAUUAUUGUGUUUUAAAAUUACUGGUGUAUGUGUUUUUGUAGUGUUUUGAUUCUUAUGGGUUAUGUUAGUUUUCCUUGUUAGCCAUUCCUAUAGGAACUGUUUAUAAACAAAAUAACUGAACGUAUAUGUAAAGCAAGAGCCUGAAUCUGUGAGAAGGCAUGUGAAUAUUACAGUGCAUGAACUUGGGCAACUGCUCCCACACUUCUCUUCUGUCCGUCCUGAUUAUCAGGUGAAUAUGUUACACCUACCCCUCACUUAUCGACAUGGUUAGAUUCUGAAGACCAGGUCAUUAUGGGAAACUCAGCAUUAUGUGAAAAUGGAGGAUGACCACAUCAGAUCCCAAAAUGGAGGAUGACUACAUCAUUAUAUAACUGCCAAAUUACAUCAUUGCAUAACUGCCAAACCAUUGAGAAUCAUGGCCCAGCCAAGUUGACACAUAACCACCAUCACAGCCAGUGUUACUCUUGCUUCGUACCUCGGUGUUCAUUACUGGCAGAUACAGGUCAUUAAUGCGCAAGAUAGUUGGCUAGGAGAUUUUUUACUGUUGUCAUAAAUGUGAAAUGUCAGAUAACAAUAUAGUCAAUAAGUGAGGAGUAGGUGUAUGAGUAAAGUGGCAUUAUUGGAAUCUUUGAUAAAUAUGUUGAUGAAACCUUUUCGGAAAAUGUUUAGGUCUUUUGUGAAAUAUCUUAACAAAUGGCAAUGAGGCAUCUCAGCUUUAUCUUAUAAGUUAUUUUUAUGUUACAUGUUCAGUUGAACUAUGAACCUACAUUUAUUGGAAAAUAUAUGAUAAAUACUUUUAUAGUUCUUCCAGCAAACGUUUAUCAGUUUUCUACUACCAGGUGCUGGAGAUGAAAAGUAAAAGCGCCUGAGUUCUUGGAACCUAAUGUCUAUUUGAAUAAGACAGUAAAAAACCUUUAAGUAUAGUAUAAUAAUAUUUUAAUAGUGGCCUAUGCCUGGAUGUUGUGAUGUUACAGAAGAGGAACAUCUAAACCAGUGUAUCAGUUUAUGCUAGUUUGUACUGUGGUAGUAAACAACUCCAAAGCCUCCGUUACUUCGAACAAAAAGAUUUAUUUCUUGCUCCUGUUACAUGUUCAGGUAGAUUGUAGCUCUGUCCACAGUUGUUCUCCUUGCUGGGAUUCAGGUUGAAGGAGCAGCCUCUAUGUGGCCAUGUUUUGGUGGUGGAAGUUAAACAGCCAUGCAGAACAUGGAAAUACUGUUAAAGCUUCUGUUCAGAGGUGGCAUACAUCACUUCCAUUCACAUUUCAUUGGCCAAAGCAAGUCACAUGAUCAAACGUGAUGCAAUUGGACAGGGAAGUAUAAUUAAUACUUGUAUAGGGAGGGGCAGUGGAAUAAUUGAAGACAGUCAUACAUUCUGCCACAUUCACCUUACUUCACAGCUGAAAGUGAAAAGGAUGUACCUAUGGGACAUAUCAAAUAGAAUGCAUUUUAGCAAAAUAAAAAAGCCCUUUAUGAGCAUUGUAAUAUCAAUAAGGUAGAUGAUUUGUAUCUACCUUGAAGAUGAGGACAUUAAGGCAUAAAGAAAUUACAAUUUAAAGUAGUAUUGUCCUUUUUAUGAGAGAGAGAAGACUAUAUCAUUAAUCAACUACUUAGUAUCUUUUGUGAAUAACUCUGAGAUCCGACACUGAGUUACAGGGUUAGUGAUAAGUUGUUGUUGUUUUUCUUUUUUUCCCACACAUCUCUUCAGUCUACUUUAUCUUGCCUAUUCAUCUGCUUUGUCCUGGACUGAAUCUAUAUCAACCAUAUUUUCAAACAAAAAACUGGGAUAUAUUAGUCCACAGGGUCAGAUAUAAGAGCAUUUAAAAUAGGGAGUGACAUAAAUUACUUAACAUUUUCUUGUUGGGCAUCCCUGUGUUGAAAUGUUGAGGUUGAAAUGACCAAUUGGUAAGGCAGUGAACAAGGAGGGAUUAGAAUGGCUUCUCAGGAGGUGACAUCUGAGACAAGUCUUAAAAGAAGAGCAGGGGAUUGGCAUGCAAAUGAGAGGAAGUACAUUCUCAGUCGCACUAAUAAAUAUCAUGAGUGAUAGCACCAAGGAGUAAAAAUAGGUGGAUUGUUUGAGAAACCUUGAGUAAUUUUGUGUGACAGCAUACGGGGGAGGAGGCAGGAGAUGAGGUAGAUUGGGACCAGGUUGGGAAGGACUUUAAUGUCAUACUGCUUUUUUCCCUUUAGGACAGGUAAUGAGUUUCAAAAGAUUUUAAAGUGUACAAUGGCAUGAUUUUAUUUUUAGAACAGCAGUCUUGGUGGUAAUGUGGAAGACAUUGGAAUUGUGCCUGGAGGCAAGGACACCAGGUAGAGUGAUGUAGUGGAAGGACAGUUUAAAAAAAAAAACCUAUUGCCGUCGAGUCGAUUCUGACUCUUAGCAACCCUAUAGGACAGAGUAGAACUGCACCAUAGAGUUCGUGACAGGACAGUUAGAAGAAAUAAAUCCCUGGAGUGCAACCAAGUCAUCUGGACAUAAGGAGACAGAUUCAGGAGUUAUCAGCCAAUGUAGUGAAGGCUGCAGGAAAUGCAUUCCCACAGAAGUUUGUAUAUCUCUGGAAAACUAGAGGCUAGGGAAGAACCCUGGGGAUAGUCAACAUUUGAACAGCUGGCAGAGAAAAAGAAAACAGACUUGGAAGAACAGCCUGAGAAGUUGUAGGAUCAGGAAAGAUUUGAUUUAUAUGGUACAAGGGAGGGGAGAGUUUUUGAGAAGGGAGUUGUUAAUAGCAUUCAGGUGCCACCUUAUAAGCGCUGAAAGUGAUCCUUGGGUUUGGCAGAUAGGGAUCUGUUCAGUGGCGUGGAAGCCAUUCAGUAGAGUAGUGGGUAUGGAAGUUCAUUGGCAGUGGGUUAAGAAGGCAGCAAGUUAGUGAGUGUAACACCUCUGUAAGUGCUGGACUGUGAGUGGUACAGAGGGUAAUUAAGGACAUUUUCAUAUGAAGGAUAUGUAAAUAUUUGUGUACUUCAAUGAUAAUUUGUUUUUUUCUCCAGUUUCAAUUGUUGCUAUUCCUGAGGAGCCUGUUGAGGUUCCCAACAUGAAUAUGGGGAAAAUGUAGUAUGAGAAAAGCUAUACAGGUUAAGCACUCCAUGUCCAGAUUAAUUACUCAAUAGACUGUCAAAUGUAAGUUGAAAUCUUACUGAGUUAAAUAUAAUUUGUGCAAAUGGGACAUGAGUCACAGAUGUCAAAAAUAUACAGGAACUAUAAAACUUUGUAAUUCAGCACAAAUUAGAAAUUCAGUAGCCAUAGAUGAUAUUUUCUAGUACUGUUUUGGUGUUCUGAGUUUUUUAAGCUAGGGAAUUUAUCUUUGCAUUUUUGUUGGUAAAUAAGUUCUGUACAAAGUUUGUAUAUAACGUAUAUGUGUAUAUAGUACAUACUGUGUUCAAAGCAUAUGAAUGAGAGGCUCUCUGGCGGCUGCUUAAUCUAGGGGUGACUGAUAGUUUAUAUGUGGCCACAAUUAAAAAUUAUAUCAUCGAUCUUAUAGUAUGCAACAAAAAGCUUAAAUGUUUUAGUAUCCAGCCUGAAAAAAACCUAACUUUUAUAAAGGGAUUAUAGAAAGAUAUAAGCCAAGGUCAAAAAAUUAAAUAAAUAAAAAGCAAAACACCAUGGUAAAAUCUUAGUCUUUUUGCUGUAAAAAAUAUGUUUUGUGAAUUAUCAAAUUCUAUUACUUAAUUUUAAGUUUCUUUGGUCACUUAUUUUCUGUUUAUAUAAUUUUAUAAUAGCUUUCCAGUUUUGUAUUCUUGUUUUUAUAGGUACUAAGUAUGUGACUAUUUAUUAAUGUACUUUCUACCUUAGGUAAAAAUGAUGAUAUUAAACAAUUAUUAAUUAAACAUGUAAGACUAAUAAUUCCCCUGAAUUUAUACUAUAUAAAGUGAGGUCAUGUGCAUGGAAGGAAGUGUUUUAUAAAUUAGGUAGUUAAAAAUUAAGUAGUUAAUUUUUAAGUGUGGAAGAAGUAUUAAAAUUCAAUCUAAGUUUAAUAGAGAAACAUAAUUAAGUUACCUUAGAGCAAAGAGGUCAAAUAAAAAUUUCAACUUCAAAGAACUAUUUCCAUGAAUAUGAAGAUAAUAUAGAUGUACUGAAAGUAUGUAUUUUAAAUACAUUUCAUGAGUUCUAGGAUGGAAAGAAUUACUUUGGGCUAGGGGGUAAAGGAAGAAGAGAUUAGGAGAUGAGAGGAAAGGCUUUUUAUGGGUUUUGUCCCCGUAUAGAUAGCAGCAGUCUUUGAAAAAUGUAUCAUUUUAUAUAGUGUUUGUUAUAGUUCUGAGCCUUAGUACCAGUACUUCUUUAACUUGCACAAUGUUUUCUAUUGUAAAGCAUGCAUGUCAAAACCCAGAAUCUGCACUGUCACUUCCUUAUUGUAAAUCCGUCUCUGCUACUAAAAUUAAUGUGCCUGAGACAGUGUAAAUUCUUCAGGGUCUUGAAAAACACUUUGAGAACGAAAAAAAAGUUUUAUCUCCAAGACACUAAAAGUAGUAAUGGCACCUUUAUAAAUAGCCAGAGAUUGAGUCGAGGCUCUGAAGAAAGUCCACCAUGUGAAAUUCUUUCUGGCGAUAUUAUUCAGUUUGGGGUAGAUGUGACGGAGAACACACGGAAAGUUACCCAUGGAUGUAUUGUUUCCACAAUAAAACUUUUUCUACCAGAUGGUAUGGAAGCCCGGCUCCGCUCAGACGUCAUCCAUGCCCCAUUACCAAGUCCUGUUGACAAAGUUGCUGCUAACACUCCAAGUAUGUACUCUCAGGAACUAUUCCAGCUUUCUCAGUAUCUACAGGAGGCCUUACACCGGGAACAGAUGCUGGAACAGAAGUUAGCCACGCUACAGCGGUUACUGGCCAUCACCCAAGAGGCUUCAGAUACCAGUUGGCAGGCUUUAAUAGAUGAAGAUAGACUCUUAUCACGGUUAGAAGUUAUGGGAAACCAGUUACAGGCAUGCUCCAAAAAUCAGACGGAGGAUAGUUUACGGAAGGAGCUUAUAGCGUUACAGGAGGAUAAACAUAACUACGAGACGACAGCCAAAGAGUCCCUGAGGCGGGUUCUUCAGGAGAAAAUUGAAGUUGUUAGAAAACUUUCAGAAGUUGAGCGAAGUUUGAGUAAUACUGAAGAUGAAUGUACCCACUUGAAAGAAAUGAAUGAACGGACUCAGGAAGAAUUAAGAGAAUUAGCCAAUAAAUAUAAUGGAGCAGUUAAUGAAAUUAAAGAUUUAUCUGAUAAAUUAAAGGUAGCAGAGGGGAAACAAGAGGAAAUCCAACAGAAGGGACAAGCUGAGAAAAAAGAAUUACAACAUAAAAUAGAUGAAAUGGAAGAAAAAGAACAGGAGCUCCAGGCAAAAAUAGAAGCUUUGCAAGCUGAUAAUGAUUUCACCAAUGAAAGGCUAACAGCUUUACAAGUACGGUUAGAACAUCUUCAGGAGAAAACUCUUAAAGAAUGCAGCAGCUUAGGGAUACAAGUCGAUGACUUCUUACCUAAAAUAAAUGGAAGCACAGAAAAAGAGCACUUGCUUUCAAAGAGUGGCGGGGACUGCACUUUUAUUCAUCAGUUCAUAGAGUGCCAGAAGAAGCUGAUCGUCGAGGGGCAUCUCACCAAAGUGGUAGAAGAAACAAAGCUUUCAAAAGAAAACCAGGCAAGAGCAAAGGAAUCUGAUUUAUCAGAUACCCUGAGUCCAAGCAAGGAAAAAAGCAGCGACGACACUACAGACGCCCAAAUGGAUGAGCAAGACCUAAAUGAACCCUUUGCUAAAGUGUCUCUAUUAAAAGAUGACUUGCAGGGUGCACAGUCAGAAAUUGAGGCAAAACAAGAAAUUCAGCAUCUUCGCAAGGAAUUGAUUGAAGCCCAGGAGCUAGCUAGAGCAAGUAAACAAAAAUGCUUUGAACUUCAAGCUCUUUUGGAAGAAGAAAGAAAAGCCUAUCGAAAUCAAGUUGAAGAAUCCACUAAACAAAUACAGGUUCUUCAAGCCCAACUGCAGAGGUUACACAUCGAUAUUGAGAAUCUUCGAGAGGAGAAGGACAAGGAAAUCACAAACACUCGAGAUGAAUUGCUUAGUGCUCGAGAUGAAAUUUUGCUCCUUCAUCAAGCAGCAGAAAGGGCUGCCUCCGAGCGGGAUACUGACAUUGCUUCUUUACAAGAAGAGCUUAGGAAGGUGCGAGCUGAGCUUGAGCGGUGGCGGAAAGCAGCGUCUGAAUAUGAAAAAGAAAUUGUGAGUCUUCAAAACAGUUUUCAGCUUAGAUGUCAGCAGUGUGAGGACCAGCAGAGAGAGGAAGCAACAAGGUUGCAAGGUGAACUAGAGAAGCUGAGAAGGGAAUGGAAGGUGUUGGAAACUGAGUGCCGUUCUCUAAGAAAGGAGAAUGUUUCGCUCUCAUCAGAACUGCAGCGGCAAGAAAGGGAAUUGCACAAUUCUCAGAAGCAGAGUCUAGAGCUUACCAGUGAUCUCAGCAUCCUUCAGAUGACUAGAAAAGAGCUUGAGAAUCAAGUGGGAUCCUUGAAAGAACAGCAUCUUCGGGAUUCAGCUGAUUUAAAAACUCUUCUCAGUAAGGCUGAAAACCAAGCAAAGGAUGUACAGAAAGAGUAUGAAAAGACACAGACUGUACUCUCAGAACUGAAGUUGAAGUAUGAAAUGACUGAGCAGGAAAAGCAAUCAAUCACAGAUGAGCUCAAACAAUGUAAAGACAACCUGAAGCUUCUCCGAGAAAAAGGAAAUAAUAAACCCUGGCCCUGGAUGCCCAUGUUGGCUGCCCUGGUGGUGGUGACAGCCAUCGUGCUGUACGUGCCAGGUGUGGCCAGAGCUUCUCCGUGAGAGCUUCUUGAGUCCGUACACCGUCCUCCCUCUAGAAGCUGGCAUCACACUCAUGCUGGGGACAGACAGAACCAUUUCCUUCCUUUUUACCUCUUAAAACCGCAGACGUGCAAGAAUACAGCCCUAGGGUCAUUGCUUUAAAUUAUAUCAAAUGUAUCUGUCUAUAAAGAGGAUAUAAAAUUGUGACUUUAUUCUACUGUAAGCAAUAAUUUGCUUGCAAUUUUUCAUGUAAUUUUUAAAUUAGUAUGUUGAGAUUCUAAAUAUUAUGGUGGCCUAAAGUAGGCUUCUUGGUACACCAGAUUAUUUAUAACAUUAAAUUUAUGGGUAUUUUACUCUGAAUUCUGAUGGCCAGAUAAUUCAUUUUUCUGAUUCAGUAACUACCCAAACCAAACAGCCAACACGUACAUGGGAAGAGGCCCUGUGUGCUCAGUGCCUAUCGGUUUGAAAUAUAUACACACAUAUAUAUUUUUUUUACAUACUUACAUCAUUUUUACUUAUUAUAAAACCACUGAGCUAUUGGGAACAAGACUUAGAGACAGUUAUUUGCGUGAAUUUUUUUUUUUUAAAGGAAAAAUACAUUUGGAAAAUAUUCUGUUAUAGUGAUAAUUUGGGGAAUAUGUACAUGCUUGUUUAGCCUUAAUGUGACUUGAAGAUGUGGAGGACAUCAACUUUGAAAAACUUUCCAUGAGAGUGUGUAUUUUCUUGAGCAAACUGAAGUAUUUCUGGGAGCAAAACAUAGUAAUUACACAAUUUCAGUGCAGUAAACCAAUCUGUUGAGUCAAUUGGAAUGUAAUUUAUUAAACCUCAUGUAUUUAAAGAAAUAUUUUCUUUAAAAAGCCAAGUUACUUUCUCAUAUACAGCAUUUUAGGAAGCAUGCUUUUUCUCCCCCCAUCAUCUGUCCUCCAAGCAUGUUUAAUUGAAGAAAGAAUUAAUCUCUCUUUAGAUAAGCUUUUAUUGACUUAAUUUGAUUAUGAUGUUACGGAGCUAAUUAAUGUUCGAGAUGAGCUGUUGAUGCCUACCUACCAACAGAUAUCCUCACUGGGUAUGCAGAUGGUUAUUUUCUUUUCAUUGUUGUUAACUGGGACGUUCUGUUAACGAGAAGCACUGUUUCCAAGAUUACAUGAUAGUGUCCUAUGCACAAUGAAGCACCUAAACACUGCUUGAUAUUAUAAACUUAAAACACAGGAGUGAAAGUUUAGCUAUGGUUUUGUGCAGCACCACAAUUACGUCAGUAAAGUUUAUUUAGGUCACAGAAUAUCCUAAGGCAUCACCUAGUUACAUUUUACAGUCAGUGAAGACUGGGAGGGAAUGACAGUAAACGGACUUGAAUGUUCUGUGGCAAUCCACAGGUCUAGCCAAAUACUGAAAUAGGAGUUUAGGAUAUAAUUUGCCUUGUGAUGUUUGACGGUCAUUGUUUAUACUUUAAAGGUUAUAUUUUAAGCUACUUGGAUUUGCUGUUGGGAGGAUCACUAGAUUUCUGGAGGAAUUAGUCACAAAUGACUUGUAGAAAAUACUGUCAUAUAGUUCGUAUUCAUCAUUUUCUGUUGCAGGAAGCCACUCCACCACAGAAUGCUAAUACGCCAGUGGUACCCAGUACCUCUUGUAUAUAGGUUAUUGCAAAUAUUGUUCUGAAAUGCUUAACUUCAGAAUUACAUUUUUUAAAGUAAAUAAUUGUUUUAAAUCUAUUUUGUAAAGAUAUAAAGUACAAUAGAAUUUCUGGAGUACAGAUUAAACUAUUUGCACUAACACACGUGAUGUGCAUGAUUUAAUAAAAUAACUUUACUCUCCCUA